CACACAGAAGAAACAAGAGGCACUGUACCACAUUAGUUCGCACUUCUGCCGCUCUAAGUCAGUGUCAAAUAGUGAAGGUGUCUGUCUAUGUGUGUGUGUUUGUGUAUGUGUGUGGCUCCGUCUGGGUUCUCAUAUGCCAAAUCAGCUCUGAGGGACAUUGUGAUUAAGCGGUUGAACUGAUCUCAUUGACAUUUUAGAUUAGCACUCUCCGCAGGGCUCCCCUGCCCCGUCUCUCUGCAAGUGUCUAUGUCACUGAUACAGGAUUAAGAUAGCACUGUAAGGAAGUGAGGAUGAUGAUGGUGAGCGAUGACUGUCUGGUGGAGUGCCGGAUCGAUGACAGCGAUGAAGACGAAGGAGGAGAAGAAGAACAGAUAAACACUCCUCCUCCUCCUCCUGAGUUUGCAUGCAAAGCCCCAACUCCAUUGCCACAACCCCCGACCCCUCCACCAGCCCCUGCCAUGCCCACACCCACCCAUCCUGUCAACAGGGACCCUUAUGGCAUCAACCAACACCUAAAGGUGGAGGUCAGUGACGUGCUGGCUGAGCCCGCCACACCUCACAGCAUAGACCAAGUGUGGCUUUACAGUGUUGUUGGCUUCGAGAGGGCUCGUAUCUGGACUUACCGCUGCCUCUCCCUGCUGUUUGCUGUGCCCUUUGCGCUCCUCUGUGGCAUUUUUCUGGCCAUUCUCACCUGUCUACAUGUCUGGUUUGUGGUGCCUUGCAUACAGCUGAGCAACACUUUCCUUCCAUGCCUGCGGUCCUUGUGUAUAUGUGUUGUGAGCGAUUUCAUCUCUCCUUUCUGUACGUCUUUUGCUCUCUGCUGCAGUCAAAUCGCCAUUUCACUGUCUAACAAGGACUGGCAUCAAAUGAGAGAAAAAGAGGCUGUAUGAAUGUGAGACAUACUGAUUGAAUGAGUGAGUGAGUGAGCGAGCGAGCCAGUGAGUAAGUGAAUGAGUGAGUGAGUGGCUGUUUGAUAUGUUUUCUACAUGUAAAGCCAAUUCAUAAAAAUGCAUUAUUAUUAUCAUAAUUAUUUACACUGA